UUAAUUCUCAUUCGAGUUGGAAUUUUCCUUUUGCUAUUUUUCGCAAGCAAAGUGUGGAAUGCUUGUUGCGGAGGACAAAGAAACAUUUAUCCUCAUUCCUCUAGAAAACUUCGAGAACAAUUUCCCGGCACGCAUGUUAAAUUCUCCGAACACAAAGAGAAAUAUCCCAAGAUUGCUUCCGCAAAACGUCCCCUCCUUCCUAUUCCCCCAAGCAUUCAGGAGUGCUGUUGUUUAUUGUGCACCGAAUUCGGUAUAAACACAUGUUAACAAAGAUACCAUGCUCCAUUUUCAAUUGCGAAAACAAUCUUUGGAAUCUUAUCGAGCCGAAGAUGUCUUUCCUUAUUUCCUUUUCCAUCUAACCCUCGAUCUGAAUCUUCCUAAGCAAUUUGAGCUAUUCGUUGAUCACAUCUUCAAACAGCAUACAAAGGUAAUCAAUUGACGUCAGCGUAUUCUCAACCAUUCAACCAAGCCAACACGUUGGAGAUAAUCUCAAAAUUUGGAAGGAGACAACAAUGCCAACAGGCGCCCUCUCAAUAUCCAUGCCUAACACACCCAACAUCCCAACAAUUACUACAAAACACUCUGCUACACGCCCAACUUUCUUCCCUACAGUCGCUUGGUGGAAAAGCCUCCCAAGGCCGUCAUUUACGAGUUAUUACUCCUCGAAUUAUAAUAUCCGCGAAAGCAGAGAUGACACACAUGAUGAAAAUGGGAGGAGGGUAAUGGAAGAAGGAUUAUUGAGUGAGGGCGAAAGAGAAGAUUUCGAUGGGGUGAUUGCAGGAGUUGGAAUGGGAGACGAAUCCGGGUCGAGUUAUUGGAAGAUGGUUAGUGAUGAGGGACGGAGAAGGGGAAAGUUGCGAUUGGUUGUGGAGGUUUUAGGAGGUGUGGGAGUGGUCGUUGCGGUUGUUGGGUUGGCGCUUUUGAUCUUUGGGUAAUGGAUGCGAUCAACUUUGAAUAGGAACUGCUGCAUUAGCUGGAGUCCCUGAAGGGUUGUCAAAAUUGGGCUGAAGGCCGAGCAGCGGGAAGUACAUGGGAAAAUGGGGUAGGAUAAGCCGAAGGUGAAGGGUUUCAUCAUUGGAGGGAGAGGACAUAGCUGCAUAUACUCUAGAGGAAAGUAAUUAUGCAGUUACUCAUAUGCAGAGAUUGGAAUGGAAUCAGACUAGAAUUAUUUGUAUAUGAUAGAGUUC